CCGCCCAGAGCGGAAGCGCUCGAUGUGCGCCUGCGCAUAAGGAAGAUAAGGACGCCGUGGUGGUGGCUCGCUGCUCUUCAGCUGCUGCGCUUGGUCCUGGUCCUGCAGAUAGAGAACAUCACUUUUCACCACGAAGGAUUCUUCUGGAGGUGCUGGUUCAGUGGCAUCGUGGAAGAGAACAACUCCAACAUCUGGAAGUUCUGGUACACCAAUCAGCCGCCAUCCAAGAACUGCACACACGCGUACCUGUCUCCGUACCCCUUCAUGAGGGGCGAGCACAACUCUACCUCCUAUGAUUCUGCUAUUAUUUACCGCGGCUUCUGGGCAGUCCUGCUGCUUCUGGGGGUGGUGGCUGCCUUGACUGCGAGCUUUCUCAUCAUCUGUGCGGCCCCCUUUGCCAGUCACUUUCUCUAUAAAGCUGGAGGAGGCUCCUACAUUGCCGCAGGUGUCCUGUUCUCCCUGGUGGUGAUGCUGUAUGUCAUCUGGGUCCAGGCGCUGGCUGACAUGGAAAGUUACAAAGCCAUGAAAAUGAAAGACUGCUGGGAGUUCACGCCCUCGGUUCUGUACGGCUGGUCGUUUUUCCUGGCCCCGGCCGGCAUCGUCUUUUCUCUGCUAGCCGGGUUACUGUUUCUAGUCGUAGGGCGGCACAUUCAGCUGCAUCACUAAGUUGAGCCACUCCGGCGUUCAGAGCAAUGUACCUCCCGUUCCCCAUCUGUGCCGGUGAUGGUAAUCAGCAUAAAAUCAGUUGAUGUACACG